ACUGAUUAUUUUCCAGGUUAUCAAAGUUCAGUGUUUAUAUACCUUCCAUUAUACCCUCUCUCUUGUGGCUUAGUAUUCAAGAUAUAGUUUUGUUCCCGCCAAAUUUCCCCCCCCACCAUCCUUGAAACCCAAGACUUAAGUACAAGGCCCCAGGGUUGACGUCGCGACAAAAAUGAAACUUCUCUACCCCAACUCGCUCAAGCUCGACAUAAAGAGCAUCGAGGGAUUCGCCGUCACGCUCCACCAGUACGAUGUCAACGCUCCCAUUCCCGAGGAGCUGAUCGACGCCGAGAUCCUGGUGACUUGGACCAACUCCGCCUCCAACCUCAAGGAUGCCGCCAGCCGGAUGAAGAAUAUCCGCUGGAUCCAGUCGCUCGCCGCGGGGCCCAACGACGUGCUCAACGCCGGUUUUGACACAUCAGCCAUCACCGUGACCACGGGCUCAGGCCUGCACGACCACACCGUCGCCGAGCACACGCUUGGCCUCCUUCUCACCGCGGCGCGCCGCUUCCACGAGAUGCGCGACUACCAGCUGCGGUCCGAGUGGCCGGGGCACCUGGGCGGCCCGCAGCCCGACCGGCCGGCCGGCUCCUUCCGGACGCUGCGCGACGCCCGCGUCCUCAUCUGGGGCUACGGCAACAUCGCCAAGACCCUGACCCCGCACCUGACCGCGCUCGGCGCCCGCGUCCGCGGCGUCGCCCGCCACGCCGGCGUCCGCGGCGGCGUCGAGGUCGCCGACGAGUCGGCGCUGCCGCAGUUGCUGGCCGAGACCGACGCCCUUGUCAUGAUCCUGCCGGGAUCCGACGCGACGCGCCACGCCCUCAACGCCGAGCGCCUGCGCCAGCUGCCCAAGCACGCGUGGGUCGUCAACGUCGGCCGCGGCAUGUCGGUCGACGAGGACGCGCUCGUCGCCGCGCUGGAGAAGGGCGAGAUCGGCGGUGCUGCCCUCGACGUGUUCGAGACGGAGCCGCUGCCGUCGUCGAGCCCGCUGUGGAAGGCCCCGAACCUGUUUGUCUCGCCCCACGGCGCCGGGGGGAGGCCACAGGGCUCCGAGGCGUUGAUUGCGGAGAAUUUGAGGCGCUUCUUGGCGGGACAGCCGCUGAACAAUGUCAUCAGCAUCAAGGGGAAGCUGUAGGCACGCACAUAGAUACAUAGAUGUACACUUUCUAUUCAAUGUCCAAAUCUGUCUAUAGCAUCUCGAGAG